AUGGGAAGCGCCAACUAUCAUGCCCGCAUUCGCUUCCAGGUUCCGGUCUCGUUGGCAGACUAUCUAAUACAGAGCGAGUACGCAACCUUGAAAUUCCUCGAAACUACCAAAGUACCGGCACCUCGAGCUUUCGGUUAUGGUCUAUGCAGCAAUGGAACUGACCAUGGCAUUGGUGUGAGUUUUCUUCUUAUGGAAGAGCUGCCUGGAACACCCUGGACAGGUGGAGGUGCAAGUACAGACGAGAAAGCAAAGAUCUGGGGUGGCCUCGCCGAGAUCAUGGUCGAGCUGGAGCGCCACCCGUUCCCUAAAGCUGGGUCCCUGGGCUUCCAGUCCUCCAAAAUGGACGUAUGUGCGGUAGCAAUCGACAGAUUUGUGGUUCUCACUCCCGAGGGCCCAUUUGCGAGCCCAACUGCCUACUAUACUGCUUUCGCUGAGCAGUACUUGGCGCUAAUUGCGGACGGUCAACUCUAUACCGAGUAUCCAGUGAAUGCGUACCUAGUCUACCGGUUUCUCAAGGACAACGCGGCGCAGCUGGCCGAACAAGACGAACAAGCACAGUCUCUGGGGGAAUUUUUCUUAAAGCAUGUCGACGACAAAGGCGACCACUUACUCGUCGACGACAACCUCAACAUCACUGGCAUAAUCGACUGGCAGAUGGCGCGUGUCGUGCCUCGGCGCGAAGCCUUUGGGCCGUCACUUGUUACUGCCGACAUGAGUGCAUUGUGCAGUGGCAAGGUCUCGCUAAGUGCUGAUGAUGUUGCCUUGGCGGGUGCACUGCGGCAAAAGGGCAUCUCGACACUGCCCAACAGUAUGGUCGAUGAGAAAGUGAGAAGAUUCUUCUGGGGGCUGGCCCUGGAAUCCAAUUGGUCCGACGCGUUGCCGUUGGCAAAUGCAGUACUGCAAGUCUUUGGGGUCGAUCAAGAUUGGACACAGUGGAGGGAGACGGCACUGAACAAGUACAAGACUGAUGAACGGCUGAAAGGCCUUGUUGGGCGUUUUUGCUACUAA